AUGGAUACAGAAACCGGAAUAGAGACCCCCACAGAACAGGGUUAUUAUGUGACGAUCAAUCCCCCUCUUUUAAACGCCAGUGAUUCAACGGAUGGAGGUAGUACUAUUGGUCAUACUCCAUUAAAAGUUCCGAUCUAUCUCCAGGCUAUCCUCAUCACCAUGUAUUCGGCAAUUAUAAUUCUAUCGGUGGGAGGAAACUUAACUGUGUGUUUUAUAGUGUUUCGGGCAAGGCGCAUGCGCACUGUGAUGAAUUUUUUUAUUGUAAGUCUUGCUAUGAGUGAUCUGUUGAUGGCCAUUUUGUGCAUCCCCUUUACGUUUGUUGCCAAUCUCGUUUUGAAUUAUUGGCCUUUUGGUGACCUGUUGUGUCCCAUUGUCACAUUCCUCCAAUCCGUGACAGUUUUCCUCAGCUCUUUUACUCUUGUCGCUAUAAGUAUGGAUCGCUAUAUCGCUAUCAUUUACCCACUUCGACAAAAAAUGUCCAAAAAACAAGCGUUUAUCGUAAUCGCUUUGAUUUGGUGUGUAGCUUUCCUAAUACCCAUACCAACAGCCCUGUUUUCUUGGACACACAAAUAUGUCAAUGUAUCAACAGCCCCGAAAUUCUGUCAAGAAAUGUUUGCGAAUCCCGAAGAUAAACGUUUGUACGGAACAAUGAUCAUGUUACUUCAGUACUUCAUACCCCUGCUUAUACUGAUGUUUACGUAUGGCCGGAUCAGUACUGUCAUGUGGAUAGACAGAACGCCAGGGGAGGCCAUGACAACACGUGACCAACGGAUGACCGAAUCCAAGAGGAAGAUCAUAAAGAUGAUGAUUACAGUUGUGAUUAUUUACGCGAUAUGCUGGUUACCUCUUCACGCACUCAACAUCGCUGGCGACGUGGACCCCAGUAUAUAUGACAUCAAGGGCAUGAACUAUAUAUGGAUGACGUCACACUGGCUUGCAAUGAGUAACUGUAUGUAUAAUCCAUUCAUAUAUUGCUGGAUGAAUGCCAAAUUUCGAAACGGAUUUCUGAAAGUGUUAAACUGUUUUACCUGUGGGUUGGUAAGUGUUAAUGACGAAAUAGAAAUGCAGCGAAUGAGACGACAGGACACUUUAACUGUUACUACUUCCGUCUCUGUUAACGGUAGCUUGAGAAGGUUCAAUUCGUCAAAACGGAAAGAGGCAGCGACCUAUAACACAGAUUACACAGCGAUAGUGGAAAAGCGAUGA